CUGCGGUUCGCUGCGCGGAUCCUGCAGUCCUGUGCGCGCGGCGCGCGGCUCGGGAGAGGUGCCCGCGGCCGGGGGCGGCGCGCACCGUCUCUUUCGCUCUCGGAGUGCUGCUUUCUCCCCGCGACUGCUUGCACCUUUUCAGCGCUCAGGUGAGCACCGGAGGCUGUUGCUUCUCUGGCUUCGGAGCAGAGACGGGAAAGCUUUUUGGAAAGCGAGGCGGCUGCAGCUGGCUCAGGGAACGUUGGGGCUCCCUUCUGGGGACUGUUAGAGCCUUGUCACCUGGGGAAUGUGUGCUGCGUGGGGGGAAACCCACAGUCCGGAGUAGGAACUCCCUCGCUUGUUCUGCAGAGAGUGUGGCGGUGAGGAGCUCGUACAGCCUUGCAGGUGUCGUAGUAAUGCUUUGAAGCACGAUAGGCAUGGCCAGGUUGCUGGGGUAACUCCUCCGGGGAACCCGGAGCGGGCGGCCGGAUUACGAUAGCUGUUAGUCAACAACAGCCUGGCAGCUGGCAGGUGAAACAGGAAGGAAGUGGAAGGCCCAGCUGUAGAAAGUUGGGGUUCGGUGAUACGGAACCUAGCCAGAUCGGGGCCCAGCCUUGUCUUGGAUUAUCUGAAGCAAUGGCAAUCCCACGGGGGAGAACAAAGAAAAAAGCAUCUUUUGAUCAUUCUCCAGAUAACCUUCCUUUGAGGAGUUCCGGUAGGCAGGCAAAGAAAAAAGCAACGGAGAUGGCAGAUGAGGAUGAAGACGGUGGGUCAGAGAAGAAGUACAGGAAAUGUGAAAAGGCAGGCUGUACAGCAACAUGUCCUGUGUGCUUUGCAAGUACUUCUGAAAGAUGUGCCAAGAAUGGCUACACCUCCCGUUGGUAUCACCUCUCCUGUGGGGAGCAUUUCUGUAACGAAUGCUUUGACCAUUACUACAGAAGCCAUAAAGAUGGAUAUGACAAAUAUACUACUUGGAAAAAAAUAUGGACUAGCAAUGGAAAAACUGAACCUAGUCCCAAAGCUUUCAUGGCAGACCAACAGCUCCCCUACUGGGUUCAAUGUACGAAACCUGAGUGUAGAAAAUGGAGGCAACUUACCAAGGAAAUCCAGCUUACUCCACAGAUAGCAAAGACCUACCGCUGUGGUAUGAAACCAAAUACAGCUGCUAAGCCUGAGACCCCAGAUCAGUGUUCCCUCCCAGAAGAUCUAAGAGUGUCGGAAGUUUCCAACCAUUGGUGGUACUCCAUGCUCAUUCUACCUCCUUUGCUGAAAGACAGCGUGGCAGCACCCCUGCUCUCUGCCUACUACCCCGACUGCGUUGGCAUGAGCCCCUCCUGCACCAGCACAAACCGCGCAGCCAGCGAAGCCAGCCCGGGGAAGCUGGAGCACCCCAAGGCAGUCCCCUCUGUGCUGGUUCCAGGCAUGAACCGGUACUUCCAGCCUUUCUACCAGCCCAAUGAGUGCGGCAAAGCCCUCUGCGUGCGGCCAGACGUGAUGGAGCUGGAUGAGCUCUAUGAGUUCCCAGAGUAUUCUCGAGACCCCACCAUGUACCUGGCCUUGAGGAACCUCAUCUUGGCCCUGUGGUACACUAACUGCAAAGAAGCUCUUACUCCUCAUAAAUGUAUUCCUCACAUCAUUGUCCGGGGUCUCGUGCGCAUUCGAUGUGUUCAAGAAGUCGAGAGGAUACUUUAUUUUAUGACGAGAAAAGGUCUCAUCAACACAGGCGUUCUCAGCAUCGGCACCGACCAGCACCUUCUUCCUAAAGAUUACCACAGUAAAUCAGUCAUCAUUGUCGGGGCCGGUCCAGCAGGAUUAGCAGCUGCUAGGCAACUGCAUAACUUUGGAAUUAAGGUGACUGUGCUGGAAGCCAAAGAUAGAAUUGGAGGCCGAGUGUGGGAUGAUAAAUCCUUUACAGGCGUCACCGUGGGGAGAGGAGCCCAGAUCGUCAAUGGCUGCAUUAACAACCCAGUAGCACUCAUGUGUGAACAACUUGGCAUCAGCAUGCAUAAAUUUGGAGAAAGAUGUGACUUAAUUCAGGAAGGUGGAAGAAUUACUGACCCCACUAUUGACAAGCGCAUGGAUUUUCAUUUUAAUGCUCUCUUGGAUGUUGUCUCUGAGUGGAGGAAGGAUAAGACUCAGCUCCAAGAUGUUCCUUUAGGAGAAAAGAUAGAGGAGAUCUACAAAGCUUUUAUCAAGGAAUCUGGUAUCCACUUCAGUGAGCUGGAAGAACAGGUGCUUCAGUUCCACCUCAGCAACCUGGAAUAUGCCUGUGGCAGCAACCUCCAUCAGGUGUCUGCUCGCUCCUGGGACCACAAUGAAUUCUUUGCCCAAUUUGCUGGUGACCACACUCUCCUCACUCCUGGCUAUUCUGUCAUCAUUGAAAAGCUGGCUGAAGGACUAGACAUUCGGCUCAAAUCUCCAGUACAGAGUAUUGAUUAUUCUGGAGAUGAAGUACAAGUUACCACAACAGAUGGGACAGGGUACACAGCACAAAAGGUAUUAGUCACUGUACCACUGGCCUUGCUGCAGAAAGGUGCCAUUCAGUUUAAUCCACCACUGUCAGACAAGAAGAUGAAGGCCAUCAACAGCUUAGGUGCAGGGAUCAUUGAAAAGAUUGCCUUGCAAUUUCCUUAUAGAUUUUGGGACAAUAAAGUUCAAGGAGCAGACUUUUUUGGGCAUGUUCCUCCUAGUGCCAGCAAGCGAGGGCUUUUUGCUGUAUUCUAUGACAUGGAUCCCCAGAAAAAACACAGUGUGUUGAUGUCGGUGAUCGCUGGGGAGGCGGUGGCCUCCCUUAGGAACCUGGAGGACAAGCAGGUGCUGCAGCAGUGCAUGACCACACUCCGGGAGCUGUUCAAGGAGCAGGAAGUCCCAGAUCCCACAAAGUAUUUUGUCACCCGGUGGAGCGCAGACCCCUGGAUCCAGAUGGCAUACAGUUUUGUGAGGACAGGUGGGAGCGGCGAAGCCUAUGAUAUCCUUGCUGAAGAAAUACAAGGAACCAUCUUCUUUGCUGGUGAGGCAACAAACAGACAUUUUCCACAAACUGUUACAGGGGCAUAUUUGAGCGGUGUUCGAGAAGCAAGCAAGAUUGCAGCAUUUUAAAUAGAAUUUGCCUGGACCCAGCUUUCAUUGGUACUCCAAGUGAGAAAGUUUGAAACACAAAACCUCACUUUCAUAAAAUCAAACAAUGAAACCCUCUUUGGAUAACAAAAUUGAAAUGUUUCCAAGGUAGUUUGAUAAUGUAAACCCAUGUUACCACUCUGAAAGCAUUAGCCCUAAAAAUCAUUUUAUAAGCACUUACAUUUAAUUGCAUUUUCCACAAGUCUAGUGCUAAAUCUUCUGCAUUUCAGAGUAAGACAGAAUAUAACCUUAAGCUAAGACCUUGGAUAUGAUUCUUCAAUGGUUGGAAACUCUUUCAAAUUGACUUUUUGUUUGGCUGGUCAGUUUUCACACAUUAAGAAAUCAAGCCAAUUAAGCAGAAAUCCCUUAAAAAACAAACAAACAUACAGCCAUGUAUUUUUCUUCUGACAGUUUAUCACUGUCUUUGCCAAUGAGCCUUAAGAUUUUUAUAUAGCUCCAAUGUUGAGCUUUUACUUAAAAUUUAGAUAGAAAUCUUUCCUUUUUGGAUAGAGACAAACUCUUCAGGCAAAAAUGAAGCUUCUAGACUAUUUUAUACUUUCUAUUGGGUAUUCAAAAGAAAUUUAAAUUCAGGUAUCUUUUGUGACAUUUUAGAUCUGUGUACUCAUUGGCAAAAGAGCAAAAUUUUCAAUUCUUAAACAGUACAGGUUUGUACCAUUGAAAAUGGGGUAGAGUGUGGUCUUCACACUUUAGACAUAGACUAUAAGGGCUAUUUUUCCUUGAGCCAAGUCUGCGAGGAUGGCACACUUUAAAUAGCCUUAAUUUUGGCAACUACUAGCAAAAAUAUCUUGUCACAAUAAAAACCUCUUAAAAUAACUGAUUCAGCUAUAGGAAGUUUUCACAAUAUUGUUUCAAUAUUCCAUAGGCAGGUCCACUGGAAAACUGUGAUCUCUUGGUAAAUAUUAUAUUUUAUAAGCCAUAUUGUAAAAGCCUGAGAACAUGGCAAAUGUUUUCACUCAUGACCAAAAAAAUAUUUAAAAGACACUGGUUUCAGGGUCUUCAGGAUGCUUAUCUUGCCAAGAAAUUUCAGUUUAUGGGUAAAAACAUGGAUAACUUAAGUGCUUUUGUUUUAAAGUCUUUGAAUAAUUUUUUGAGUUGUAUUGGUCUGCUUUAAAAAAAAAAGGACUCAAAAGGGAGGGUUAAAGCCACUUUUCAAAAUAUUAGGUAUUUUAAAAAUCUAGUCAGCUUAUAAAUACAAAGUAUCAUAUGCAAAGAAUGUGUGGCGAACUUAAGACAUACUUCCCUCUCCGUCAAAGUAUGAUACAAAUGAAAAAUAUAGUAUAUUAGUUUCAGAGUUAACAGGGAAAUGUUGGUAUUUGAGUUAUCUGAUGAGACUUGUCGGUACUACUUGGGAAGUAUUCUGCUUUAAAGUGUUAUGUAUUAAAACAUGUAAAGAAUAGUAUGUGUUAAGUGAUAGAUGCAAAAUAUUGUACGUUUGAAAUGGUUCCCAGUAAAUUAUUACUUUAGUCUCUGGGCACUUGUGUUACAAAGGAAAAACCUACUUAAUAAAGUACGGUAGAUGUGUGUUUAAAAAAGAAUCCUCAUUUCUCACCUCAAGUGUCUACACCUGACGUUUUGUUCUUUAAGGAACCAUGGUACUUUUCUUUGGAGUUUCUUUGAAUAUGUUUUUCAUUGUUCUGAAGAUUUUGUAAUUAAGCAGCUGUGAAUAUACAAUGUUUUAACUGCAGAUUGUGAACAGCUACUUGUGUAAAACUACUUAAUAAAAAUUAGAUUUGUUUUU